UCUCCUCCUCCUGCUGUUCUUCCUCUCAGUCCGGACAGCAGAGCACAUGCAGCGAGGACUCUCCGUCUCAGCACUUUCCUGAGUCUGCUGUGCGCGUGUGCAUGUGGCCCGCGUGCGAAUGUGAAUUAUUGAUGAGGACGCAGCCUCAGAAGGUCCUGCCGGGGCCGUCCUGCGAGUCUGGAAGGGUGUGAGUGUGUGUAUGUUUGUCAGUAGAGAUGGGGGAGAAGAGUGCAGUGCACCAGCAAAAACAGCCUCCUUAUGAUGGACUGUGCAACUACGCCCAAAAAAUCACGUCCUGCUUUGGACUGGAUGUCGCCCAUACACAGGAGUCUCACCACCAGACGGAGAAGCCUUUGAUUCGCUGUGCUAAAUGUGGAGAGUUGUGCAAAGGAGAGGUGUUACGAGUGCAGGCCAAACACUUCCACAUCAAGUGCUUCACAUGCAAAGUAUGUGGCUGUGAUCUGGCUCAGGGAGGGUUUUUCAUGAAGAAUGGAGAAUAUCUUUGCACUCUGGACUACCAGCGCAUCCACGGCACACGCUGUAACAUCUGUGGAGAGUUUGUGGAGGGAGAGGUGGUGACGGCGCUCGGAAAAACCUACCACCCAACAUGCUUUGUUUGCACAAUCUGCAAGAGACCGUUUCCAGCUGGAGACAGAGUCACUUUCAAUGGCAAGGACUGUUUGUGUCAGUACUGUGCAGAACCAAUGUCUCCGGGACCCACCAAAGAUGUCGUCGGACCCAGCAGUUGUGCAGGCUGUGGCAGAGACAUUAAGAACGGCCAGGCUCUGUUGGCUCUAGAGAGGCAGUGGCAUUUGGGUUGUUUUAAAUGUAAGGCCUGUGCCAAAGUAUUGACCGGAGAAUACAUCAGCAAAGACGGCGCCCCCUUCUGUGAGCGGGAUUAUCAGCUUCAGUUUGGAGUGCAGUGUGAAGCAUGUCAGCAGUUCAUCACAGGGAAAGUUCUGGAGGCAGGGGACAAGCACUAUCACCCCAGCUGUGCUCGCUGCAGCAGGUGUAACCAGAUGUUCACUGAAGGAGAGGAGAUGUACCUGCAAGGAUCAACAGUUUGGCAUCCAAGCUGUAAACAUUCACCUAGAGGCGAAGAGAGACAACGGCCGACACGCUCGUCGUCCGAGAGUAUAUGUUCCAGACCUGGUUCAAGCAUACCUAGCUCACCGGGUCACACCAUUUAUGCAAAAGUAGACAAUGAGAUCCUUGAUUACAGGGAUUUAGCAGCCAUUCCUAAGGUCAAAGCCAUUUAUGACAUUGAGCGUCCAGAUCUAAUCAACUAUGAGCCACUUUACACCACAUCCCUGGAUGAGUCCGAGGAGAGAGAGAGUGUGGCAGAGCUUCAGAGCUCCAGGAGAGAGUCUUCACCCAUGCCUGAUGACAGAACCAGAUCACCCACACCGUCUGCUGAAGGUUACUAUGACAUGAGAGAACGAAUCCUCCACAGGUCGACGAGUCAAGGCUCCAUUGGUUCACCCAUUUACAGCCGCCACAAUUACACGCCAACCCUGUCCCGCUCACCACAACAUUUCCACAGACCCGGUACUGUCGGAGUCUCCCAGCGGCCGCUGUGUGUCUCACCACAACAUUUCCACAGACCCGGCACUGAGCCGUCCAGCGGCAGGAGUUCUCCAGGCUCCAGCACUCCUCCUCUCCUUCUGACUCCUAAACAUUUCCACCUGCCAGAUCAAGGAAUGAACAUCUACAGGAAGCCCCCGAUCUACAAACAGCAUGGAACAGAUGGGAGAAGAAGGUCGAAAGAAGAGGAUGAGGAGGAGAUCCAGAAACGCAGGCAGAUUCAGGAGGAACAUCUCAACAAGAUUCAGUCUGGUUUAGGGAAAAUGAUCCUGAAAGAGGAGAUGGAGAAGGAGAAGAUCCGAGAGCGUCAUGCAAGGAGUCUGUCAGCACAACGCUACGAACACGGAAGCAAUCAAAGUUCACCAUCUAAAACCGGUUCAUUGCCUGGAUAUGGGCGAAAUGGACUGCACCGUCCUCAGUCCACUGAUUUCACUCAGUAUAACAGUUAUGGGGACGUGUGUGGUGGCAUGAGAGAGUUUCAGCCUAUGCAUGACGGUCAUCGAACACCCACUAGAAUGGACCGAGGAGUGUCUAUGCCGAAUAUGCUGGAACCAAAGGUUUAUCCAUAUGAAAUGCUAAUUAUAACCAGCCGUAGUCGCUCCAAACUGCCCAGAGAUGUGGACAGAACUCGACUAGAGCGCCACCUGUCUCCAGAAGUGUUCUUUGAAAUCUUCGGGAUGGAAAUUCAGGAAUUCAACAGGUUGCCUCUGUGGAAACGCAAUGAACUGAAGAAGAAAGCCAAACUCUUCUGAGCAGGAAAUCUGCGCACAUCUGCACACGCUCACCUGAUGUAUCACACACAGCUGUUUACUCCUCCUCCGGUGUUUCUCGCCUAUAACUAUAGCCAGAAGAAAGUCCCAUGCUGCAAUAUUAUCAUACGAUGUCAGUCUGGAACAAACGGAGGGUCCAACCUACUCAUCUAUACAUCUCCAAAAUGUGUAACACUUUAUUUAUUAUACGACUCUCUGUUCCUUUAACCCUUUAACAUGCAUCAUAACCUCCUGAUUGACCUUUUGUCCAUAGGUUAUUUAAAAAAUCUAAAAUGCUUAGAGUGGUUCAAUUUAAUCCAAGACAUGAGUGCACUUUAAAGGAGACCUAUUAUGCAGCUUUUUACAAAAUGAAAAAUAUCCGAUGUCCCUAGAUAAUAAGAAUAUUAAAAUACCCCACAGAUAAUGUUUUAUAACUCUUUGGAAUGGCCCCUUUUAGGAUUUGAUCCUAAAAACUGACCCUUCGCUAAGCCCUGCCCUCCUUAGUUAUUGUUGGUACGCCUGUCAAGCUUUCGUAUCUGGCACGUCUAUUACAAUAUGUAUGCACCGGUGUCAGACAUUCCCAGCGAUAUAAUUAGUCAAUUUGGUGAACAGGUGAGAUAUCUGAGAAAGCCAGACAAAAAAAGGACUGUAGUAUGCAUUACAGGGGUAUAUUCACGACAUAAUACGCAACCUUAAAGGGCACCUAUGGUGAAAAAUCUACUUUUCAAGCUUUUUGCACAGACAUGUGUGUAGAUAUAGUGUAUAGACAGUCAUAUUGGGGUGAUAUAAACACACCCAGUCCUUUUUUUUUUCAAUUUAACAACAUAAAAACAGUGGACCAAUUGGAUCGGUUUUCAGAUCGACCGCAACUUGACGUAGGAGUGCGGAUAUGGCUGAUAAAUGGCGAAUAAUUGUUUGCUGUUGGGUUUGGGUCCUUCCGAGGUGCACCCAGCUCUAUGAGUUCUACACCUGGAUGAUGGAAGCUUUCAGCGGUGCUUCCGACUGAGCCGAGCCCAGUUUCGUCAGCUGUUGUUCCGUGCCAGCAGCACGAUUUCCCCUCGGGACACCAACAACAGGAGCUACGUCGUAAUCACACCUGUACUAGAGCAAGCUCCUGAUUGGUUAACAUGGCAGGAAUGUCCGCUAAAGUUAAGAUUUUCCAAAUCAAACAAUUUGUGCAUUAAGCGUGUCAAAACGGUAAAUUCAAGAUGUGUCAUUCGUGCAAUUCAUGCCGCCUCAUUUGCGUAGAUUGACACCGGAUGUCUAAUCGCAUCUUUGCAUUGACUUAAAUGUAAAAUACUCAUAAUGGCAGAUGGCUGCUUCUCACUCAGGGCUGUCUAUGCUAAUCAUCACUAAUGGGCGGGGCUUUCACCCUCUGAUGACACGUACAAAGGGAGAAUGUCAAUCAAAGUGUUUCUGCAGACUGUUUUUAUCAAGUGUGAUUAUAUAAAAUAAAAUUAUUACAUUUUUACCAUUAUGAGCUGGCUAUAAUUAGAGACUCUUACCACAGAACUGUGCUUAAACCCUUUAUAAAAGUGAUUUGUGCAUUAUAGGUCCCCUUCAAAGGGUUACUUUUCCGUCUUCCAAAAAUGUUCUCCUCCUUUUCUUCUUUGUUCUUCGUUUAUGUCUUUGUAAAUCAUGUUAGUGCAGGUCUGAUGAUCGAAACCUUUAUAUAUUUGCAGCCAUAAUCCAUUUAAUUCCUUUUUCCAGCAAAGACUCAUCUGUUUACGUCACUUUUCAGUUCAGAAAGAGAUUGUAGAUGCUACACUGUGCGGAUUUCUAUGAGUUUUGAAUGCAUUCAAAGAGACUUAAUCCAUACUGGCACAUAUCCAUGUAUUCACUCUUUACUAUACUGUACCAGCCUCCAAAACAUCUGUAAAACUACAGGUCAGGUGUGUCAUUUCUGUGUCAAUAUAGCGGACAACAACAACAAAAACAUUUUCAUGAUCAUUCUGGAUCUGGUUAUGCUUCUCAAAGCAGUAACAUUUCAUUUUAAUAUUACUGGUGGUGCAAAAAUGACACACUUGACUGUGCUUUCUGAUACUAUUUUACCUGUUGAUUCAAUGCUGAUGUCCCUAUUGUAUAUUUAAAGAAUAGAAUACAAAGUUAAGGUAAAAAAAUAAACUGCAUUUGACUUGGUUUUUUAUUUGAAAAGCUGAUACUCACUGCCAAUUUAUUGUAUUUCAACUGUAUUUCUGAGAAAAGGGAAAUGUUUCCAUGUGUGAUCUCUCAGUAAAACCAAAGGCAUUACAAGAGAACGGGCUCUCGUAGUCUACAGCUGUUUUUAUUUCAUCCACAUGAAUCAUAUUGGACGUAUUAUUGCGUGGUGUUUGAGUAAACUUGACUGAAUACUGAAUUAUUAGUCAGCCCAAAAUGAAAACGUGAAUUCAGAUCACAAC